AUGUUAAUUACAGUGGCACACCAUACAAGUAUGCCAGAGCUACUCUAUGGCGGUGUGUGGCUUGAACUGAAGGUCGACAAUAAUGGCGGCGCUUGGUGUCCGAAACAUAUGGUUUCGCGUGGCCUCAAAGAGUAUCUGCAAGUGGACUUGUUGCAAGUUCAUGUUAUCACGGCCAUACGCACACAAGGACGCUUUGGCAAGGGUCAGGGUCAAGAGUAUACGGAGGCCUAUGUGCUGGAGUAUUGGCGUCCGGGUUUCGAGAAGUGGCUACGCUGGAAGACCAUUCAAGGCAAAGAGAUACUGCCUGGCAAUAUCAAUACUUACAGUGAAGUGGAGAAUGUCUUACAGCCAAUCAUUUUCGCCUCAAAAGUGCGAAUCUAUCCAUACAGCCAAUACGAUCGGACUGUCUGCUUGAGAGCCGAGGUAGUCGGCUGCCUUUGGGAAGAUGGCAUCGUUUCGUAUAGCAUACCCAAAGGCGUUCAACGUGGCAUGGAAAUUGAUUUAUCAGAUAAAACCUAUGAUGGCCACGAAGAAGGCGAUCGUUACAUCGAUGGACUGGGACAACUAGUUGACGGCCAAAAGGGCAAGGAUAACUUUCGUACGGAUAUACAUGGAUUUGGAAAAGGCUUUGAAUGGAUUGGCUGGCGCAAUGACACCCCAAACCUACUGGGGCAUCCGGUGGAGAUUACUUUUGAGUUUGAAGGUAUACGAAAUUUCAGUGCUGUCAUAUUGCAUACGAACAAUAUGUUCUCCAAGGACGUGCAGGUUUUCGUGCACGCAAAGGUCUUCUUCAGCAUUGGUGGACGUCAGUAUGCCGGUGAACCGGUGCAAUUCUCGUAUAUGCCCGACACGGUGCUGGAUCAUGCACGGGAUGUGACAAUCAAAUUACAUCAUCGCCUCGGCAAAUACUUACAAAUUCAUUUGUAUUUUGCGGCGCGUUGGAUAAUGUUGAGCGAAAUCACGUUCAUAUCAACGUCUGUUGUUGGCAAUUUCACCGACGAAGAUUUCGCUGGUGGCGCCAUCGCCGUAGGUGCAACACCACAAGAGAAUGCCGAGUAUCCAUUGCAGCGCGAUGAAGUAGAGCGCGUCAUUAAUGGAAAAUUUGGUGAACGCAGUCAGCCACAAACGCCACUGGUAAUUUCACCCAAACCCAUAGACCAUCCAGAGCCAGAAAGCAGUUUGAUUGGCUUCAUAUUCGCCAUAUUGGUGGCCAUCAUUUUGGUGCUGGUCAUCGUCAUACUCUUGAUUGUCAUACGAAAUAAACGUGGCCGCGGUGGCAAUGUGCUUGAUGCAUUCCAGCACAACUUCAAUCCGGAUACGCUUGGCGGCGCUGAUAAACGGCUCAACUGCAAUGGCAUGAAGGCCGUCACUAUGGACAAUGACUCAGAGUCGAUAGACAAGAGUAGCCUCUACCAUGAGCCAUUCAAUGUGAACAUGUACACGAGUGCAGCGAGCGGUUGCUCCAUGAAUGACAUGCAACGACAACAUGUCACACCGGACUACACAGAUGUCCCCGAUAUUGUUUGUCAGGAGUAUGCAGUGCCGCAUAUGCAAGAUCUACUGCCUAGCGCACAAAAGUCCAACUCCAUAUAUGGCGCAAGUGGUGGUGGUGGUGGCGGCAGCAGCAGCAACUACAGCACCAGCGCCCGUAAUACCCUCAACAGCAUGUUUCAAUCAAAAUUAUCGACUGCUAGCCAAAAGUUGCAGCAGCUACAACAUCAGCAUCCAUAUCAGUCACACUCAACGCCACCACCACCCCCACCACCGGCUCCGAAUUCUGCAACAAUAGCCACACACUGCCCACCACCGAUACCGCCCCUACCGCCAUUAUUGGGCACCACCAGUAACGAGAAAUUCUAUGCAACCACAGCGAUUUGCAAAGCAAACGCCGCUACUAAUGCACCGCUUGUUGUUGGCAGUGGUGCCGUUGGUGGCGGUGCCAGUGCAGGCGCUUGCAAUACACUGCCAAACGGUAGCAUUGGUGGUGGUAGUGGCAGUCUAGCCUCGACCACAGCCAGUCUUGCAUCGAGUUCUACAACGCCUACGGGUGGCUAUGGUUAUUCGAGCUCAGCCGCUACUUUAGCUGCCAUCAAACCGCAUCAUUAUAAUUUGGACAUGAGCGGCACUGGUGUUAGCAGUGGUGGCGCUGAUGUCAAUGAGGAGCAGGCCAAUUUUCAAGUACAGGAGUUUCCGCGACAAUCAUUGGUGAUAGUCGAGAAAUUGGGCUGUGGUGUUUUCGGUGAGCUACACUUGUGCGAGACGAAGGGAAUGAGCGCCAAUUUGGUAGCAGUAGCAACUCUACGACCCGGUGCUCCUGAUCACAUGCGCAAAGAGUUUCGCAGCAAGGCGAAACAGCUGGCUCGCGUCAGCGAUCCGAAUGUGGCGCAUUUACUUGGCGCCUGCCUGCGCGAUGAGCCCAUCUGUAUGGUGUUCGAUUAUUCGGAAUGUUUGGGUGACUUAAAUCAAUUCCUGCAGGAGCAUGUGGCUGAAACGACGCAUAAUUUGCAAGCGGGUAUUAUGACGAAUAAAAGCUUGAGUUACGGCUGUCUGGUGUAUAUAGCUACACAAAUUGCAUCGGGCAUGAAACAUUUGGAGCAAAUGAAUUUCGUGCAUCGCGAUCUGGCAACAAGGUAA